AUGACCAAAGUGGAGCCGGAAGUUUCAUCCCCAAAUAUGCUGUCAUGUUCCACACUAGGGGACAAGAUGCAGUAUAUCGCGAACACUAAGGACAAAACAACAGCCCGUUUCUUUGAAGAAGAUCAGGAAGAAGAGCCUCCCGUGUCUCCGACCCGAAUCAUUUCUAUACGAUGGCUAGCGAAAUGUUAUGAGAGAAGUCAUGUAUUGUGGACUGAGGAGCUAUAUGAUAUAUAUCUAUUGUGGGGCGCUAAACCCAAGGCUGAUUGGGUAGCUCAUGGUAGAGCCCUCGGGCUUACCAAUACUUCUACCUACAGACUGUUUUUGCUAUCAAGUGUAGUUGUGAGAAUAGGUCCCAAGAAAUGUGAAGGCAGUUCACUGCAGCGUAACUGUCUGGCUGUUCAAUACGGAAGCCUCCAGAGGUUUAUUUGCUUUGUAUUACGUUGGUUUACCCUCGGCUCUGUUAUUAUAGUGAACGUGAACACCUUCAUACUAUUAAUGCGCGGUGCAAUGAAACAAAAUCCUCCACGUCUCAAGAGAGCAAUUCGCCUUCUAAAACGAAGAAGUGGUCACUUUUUGAUCACAUGUCAUAUAAGACCCGCAGCCUUCGCGUCUGUCAUACUCCACAAUCCGGGAGAUCAACGAUCCAUGCACCCCCUUUUGUGGGUUUGCGACAGGGAGAAGAAGUGCGGAAUGUGGGCCAACGAGUUGCCGCAGAGAAGCGCCGUCGAAGGAGCGGUGCCAACGCGACCGCACCCAGAUGCAGCUAAGGUUCACUAUUGGCCUGGUGUAGGCUCGGCGUUUGAGAUGAGGCGGGCACCCGAGAAUUUAGGGAAGGCUAUGGAGGUUAGUGAAAAGGGUCUCCAAUAUCUGAUAUCGAUACCCCUUGUUUCACACGUCGAAUUUCGCUCACCAAGAGACAUGAAACCCGCCUGCUCGAUCCGUUCGGCUGCUAUGGAAAUCAUCCACUACAGAGCUGUCUGGGAGAUCGCCAUCGAAUAUCGCAAUAUCAGAAAAGUUAAUGAUCAAAAUAAGGGAAUUAUCCUUAACAAGCACAUUUCUCGUUUCCUGCGAACUGAUUAUCGUGCAGGUGUUAGAUCUGAGAGAUCGAAUCAUGGCGUUAGGGGCUUGCAUGCGGUGCAUGGUGGAUGGAGGCUGAACACGGAGCUGUUCGGCGAUGGAAAGUGGAAGACUGUUAAAUCGGGCUUUCUGCGCAUGAAAAUUUCACCACGUCGCAUGGAAUUUGCAUUUCAGGUUUUGCUGUUGCGUGGAAAAGAGUUUAUUGCAAAAAUACCUAAGAACUUGGAGAGGGAAAAACGUCCCGAGCACCCUAUUGGGAGCAACGUGAGCAUUACAAUACAUACAUCAUGUAUUCGGCGUCGUAAGCCAGGAAUCACCGAAAUUUCACGGCGCUACAACACACUACGUAAGCCACUCUCGCAGAAUUACCUUGACAAUGGUGUGUCCGCCUUCGGGCUUGCUGAAUCUCGCUACUCUCAGGCAAGAGUUACAUGCAUCCGAGGAAAGUGCAACACCGAGAAGCGAAUAUCGGAUGAUUUCGAUCGACGAACCUGUCAACUGGGGACCUUGGCGAUGAGAUACGCGAGGGGCUUUGUACGCGUGGCCGAAUUGAAUAGCAAACGUCGAAUACAAUCGUGCGAGCCCCGAUCUCACAAGUUUUGCAAAUCACGCAGGAUGGAGGUAGACAAGUGA